CGAUUGACAUUUCCGGGAUCUGAGCCAAAGAUAAUCGAAAGCUACUGGGAUCGACAUUUCUUUGUGGACUGAUUGCUUGCGCAGUGUACGAUACUCGAACAAACAAAAGUACGGAAAGAACCUUAAUCCGGACGCAUAUUCACACUCCGUCCUCAUCGACGAAAAUGGUAGCAAUAAUGAAAUCACGCCCCUUGAUGUUUUCAACGAUUUCCCGUCGUCGCCAUAGAUUUCGAAGCAUUGGGUUGGCAUUGUCGAUGUUUUAUGUCGCUCUGUCGUCGUCGUAUCUGGUAGUUGGCUGCGAUUCCUAUACGGCGAACCCACCAUCCAAGCAGCAUUCCUCAUCUGGCUAUACCAUCCAGCCAAUGACGUGGGAAUACAAAUCGAGGUACGAUAUUGGCUACGAGGUUGCAACACCCACUGCCGGCGAAAAGGACAACGACAACGAUCAAGAACACCCCAUUCUGUUGCUAAAUGGAUUCGGCGUAGGGUCCUUCCAUCAGCACCGUCUUAUCGCGGAACUGCUCAAAGAUGACGAGGAGAACGAUAGCAAAUCAGGACUUCCCAAAAGAACCGUUUAUUGCUUGGACUAUUUGGGACAGGGGCGAAGCUGGCCGAAGGAUUGCAGAGAUGGAACCAGCGAAGACGAGAAAGACUUGCAAUACUCCGCCAACACGUAAGUUCGAUCCGUAGUACAGUACGAAGUCAGUUCGAUUAAAAAAUUGCGCAGGAAAGGCGACUCGAAUUUAUUUGUGCGAUUGACGCUUUUGGGUUGAGUCCGGUUCAGUCUCCAAGGACAAACAUCAUUCCAAUUAUUCUGUUUCUUUUCAUGUACUCUGCUGUUUCGAUUGCAUGGGUGCUCUCAAUGGAUUCAUGUAUUCUAUAUCCAUGGGGGAACAAUACUGAUUGAAAAAAUAUGGAUGUAGGUGGUGCGAACAGAUUAUCGAUUUUAUAGAACAGGUCGUGGAGGGUAACAAUAAGAACGACGUUAAGGUGCACCUAGUCGGGAACUCUGUUGGUGGGCACCUGGCGGCGCACGUUGCACAGCGGAGACCAGAUCUGGUAGCCAGCAUUUGCUUGCUGAAUCCCACCCCGGUGUGGGGAUCGAAGCUGCCGGGGUGGAACGGACAUCUACCUGCUCCAGGUACGCAGUUUUUAUUUUGCCAGCAACGCACAUUAAUGUGGUGCAAUGCAGUAGAGCAUGGUCUAUUCUUCUCCAUGCUCUACAUCUACACUAGUACCAGUUGACUAGAAACUCACCGAGAUUCUGUUGCACUGAAUUCUGUGUCCACAUGCUAAUUUCAAUGGUACACAAUAUAUUGCCGGUAUGCGCCGCGCUGCACCGAACUAUUUAAUACGCGCUGCUUACCUUUUUGUUUUCCAAACAAAUCCGACAACAACAAAAUACGAAACCUUUUGUCGAACAACGAUGUCACACCACAAAAAUCAGCCAUUCCCAAGGCCGUCGGUCGGUAUCUCUUUGAUCAAAUCCGAGAUUUGAACACGAUUGAUAAAUUCCUGGAAGCAACCUACUCAGUGAAAGAAGCCUACACGGAAGAAUUGGUACGUGUACUGGCAUGGUUGAUGGCACCAUUCGAUAGUUCGGUCCAUUUGGUAUCUCUUUAUAUGCCACGCUGUGCGAUGUGUUCGUCCAACGUUUUGUUUCGUUCGGUUCCGUUCUCGUUCUUCGUUCGAAACAGAUGCACCAAAUCCGUGGUGCCA